AAAGAGAAUGAAAACGUGUACGAGGCCAGAGAAGGAAGUAAGUUCCCUGUGAAGUGGACCGCUCCAGAGGCCAUCAACGACAACAAGUUCAGCAUCAAAUCUGACAUUUGGUCCUUUGGAAUUUUGCUGUACGAGAUCAUGACAUUCGGACAGAUGCCUUACCCGGCCAUGACGAACUACCAGGUGGUCCAGAGGGUUCCCCAGGGCUACAGGAUGACGUGCCCCCCCAACUGCCCCAAAGUCUUGUACGACAUCAUGAUGGACUGCUGGAAGACGGGCGAACAGGACCGGCCCACAUUCGAGACCCUGCAGUGGAAGCUGGAGGACUUCUUCGACCUGGAUGUAACCUCCUACGACGACGCAGGCCGUUACUAGCACGCCGACCGGCCUGUCAAACGUAGAAAGAGAGGGACAAAAAAACACAUUCUCUCUGCAGUGACGCAAAAUCACCCGAAUCCAAACAUAAACAUGCAUUCAUGGUUUUAUGAAAUGUAAUUUCAAAUUCCACAUUGUGGUCGAAUGAAGGAUCUGAAAUGUGAUCGAUUACUGUGACUUUAACUGUCAUGCAGUGAGGAAGCUUUUACUACAGCAACAGCCGGUUGCCACACUCCUGGCCUCACUUCGUUCUACAACUGAAUGCACUUUGGCACAGUCUGUAUACGCGCCUAGCCGGACUCUCAAGGCGCUCCUCUCUUUCAUCGAGACAGAAUGCUGCUAUCCGUCUGUCUCGAAUAACCGGUUCUUCUUGCACUCAGCAUAGCACACAUUCUUUCCACUGGCCACCUGCCAAACUAUUAGCAGCAGUUCACCUGAGAGAGCAAGACUGAGUGAACGGCAGGUUCUAACAACUGAGCUCAUUCCUAAAUGCAUGCAUAGUUCUGGUUGUUUUUGAUUUAACAUUAUUCAAAGGUAGGUGACUGUGUUUGGCCCCAGCAGCCAGAAAAUGAAAAAACAAUUAAGAUGAACUCUUCAUUAACAAACUAGUGAAGUCCUCUCCCUCAUCUAAUGAAGUUGCUAUUCUCUUCUUGCCACUGUAAAAACUGCUACAAGAGAGCUAAAAAUAAAAGGGCGUGGUCAGGUUUGUUCAGAGCGCUGCAGGUUUAAAAACAAAUUAAUGCUCACAAAUUUUAAAAUUUGGUCUCAUAUUACAUUUGUGCUUGAAAAUGAUUAAUCUGUUUACACAAAUGACUGAAACACAACACCAAAUGACUGGUCCAGUAUGCAACAUGUACAGUUUGAUAUAGAAACUAGAAUCCACCAGUUUACAGUGAAGUAGGAGACAUCCUUUGUCCGGCAGGGGAACUUUACAAAGGGACAACAUUUGCAUAUUCAGAGAUUCUGGAAUUUUUAACAGUGUAGGAGUAGAUUCCUUUUUAAGG